ACAUCUGACUUUUCAGGACAUCAUGAAGACAUUGACUGGCUUGCUUCUUGUGGGUCUUCUAGCCCUUUGGAUAGGAUUACCCUCUACGUCUUCCAAGAUUCUGUUUGGAUGUGGCAUUUCCCCAGGAAAUCCAUUUCCGUGCUCUUUACCUGGAAUUAAUCGUUGCAGGAAAGAUUAUGACUGCCCUCAAACCUUACGUUGCUGUAAUUUCAGAUGUAGCAGAAGUUGUAGAAUCCCACCAGUGCUUCCUUGGAGUUGCCCACGAAAUCCAUUUAAAUGCACGAGCCAAGGAAUACAUCGCUGUCGUUAUGAUUAUGAUUGUCCAGGAAGACAAAGAUGUUGCUACUAUAAUUGCUCUAGGAUCUGUAAAUAAGGCCAGAAUUUGACUCGGAUGACCAGAGAUUGCUUUACAUUGAAUCAAAGUGUACCAGAGAAAUCAAUUUUGCUUUGCCUGUUCAUGGAAAAGGAGACACAGUUGCCAGCAAAAUGCUUCUUUAUGUCAUUCUUAAAUUCUCACGAACUGUUCUCAUGAACAGUGAUUACAAAUCUAUGCACCCAUAUAGACGGUUAUGUUUUUCUGGGUUUGAAAUCUAUUAUAUAAACCUAAAAAUAAAAUAGGAUUCCCAGUCCACCUCACAAAAAUACAACUCUUGAAUGUAUCUCUGCAAUAGCAACUUUUUGAUCAUUUCAGAACUGAUGAUUAAUUUAUUUUCUUCUGCUGUCCAUUUUUAUGGCUAUGAAACUUUGACCAAUUCCACAAAUUGCAUUAAAUAAUCAUUUGGUUUAUUUGACUUUGCUAUGGCAUGAUGUAUGAGGUUGGUAAGCUAUGGAUUGUACUUCUGUGUGGAUUCAACCUAUUUGAUAAACCCUGGUUAAAACAAAUCAUGAUUUUGCUUGUUGGGUGAAAGUAUACUAAAAGCAAAGAAUAGAAAAAAGCAGAUACAGUGCAACCUUGAUUUAACAAACCCUUAUUAGCAGACCUUGAAUGCAACAGACCAAAUAUCCAUACUAUCUCUCUCCAA